AUGCCAACGCCGCCUUUCGAAUACGGAGGUAUCUCUAAGGACAUGUAUGAAGCACCGGCAUGGGUCCCGAAAGGGCACGGAAAGCUAGACACUUCGCUUCCGAAAGGGCGUCAGAACGGAAAUUCGUACUGGGGCGAGUUGAACUGCCCACGUCUGCCCAUCCGUGGUCUACCGCACAACUCAUCAAAUGGAUCUUCCUAUCCGACUGCAACACACCCUCCCUAUCCCACUGUUUCUGGAACAGUGUCGAAUUCGGUCAACAUCACCGUCAGCGUCAGCACAGUUACAGCAACCGCCAGCAGCACUCAGACCCCUCCGUCCGCAUGCCUUUCUAUGCCAGAUACCGGCAUUACUCGCACGUACGAAAUGAAUGUGGCAUACCAGACUAUAGCUCCGGAUGGUGUGACUCGCAAUGGACUGACUAUCAAUGGUCAAUACCCAGGUCCCAUUGUCGAAGCGAAUUGGGGUGACUGGAUCCUCUUCAAGGUUACUAACGACUUAACCGACGAAGGCACUGCCCUGCAUGCUCAUGGCUUAUUUCAGACCACUACUUCCUGGUACGAUGGUGUGCCAGCGGUCGCUCAAUGCCCGAUCACCCCUAACGGAGGAACGUUUGAUAUGCUUUUUCGCGCGGAUCGGUACGGAACUUCGUGGUAUCAUAGUCAUUAUAGCGCCCAAUACUCCGGCGGUGCUCACGGCCCUAUGAUUAUCUACGGUCCCAAGCAUGCAGAAUACGACAUCGAUGUAGGACCAGUAAUCCUGGAGGAUUGGUUCCACGCAGAUUACUUCACGCUUGUCAAUGCGACCAUGAACGGUCGAUUUCCACCUUCAAAUAACAAUUUGAUCAAUGGAAAGAUGAACUAUCCUUGUGCUAACACGACUCUCCCUUGCGAACCAAAUGCGGGCGUAUCUAAGUUCAAAUUUCAAUCGGGGAAGAAGCAUCUCUUGCGUCUAAUAAAUGCGGGUGCUGAGGGCGUUCAGAAGUUCUCUAUUGACGGACAUUCCCUGACAGUCAUAGCACAGGACUUUGUUCCUGUCAACCCGUAUUCAACCAACGUGGUCACUUUGAGCGUUGGGCAACGCACUGAUGUAAUCGUUGAGGCUACCGGUGAGUCAGACGGAGCAUACUGGAUGAGAUCGCAGCUCGGAACUCAAAGAUGUACGCUCAAUGACGGUGUCUCACCAAAUGCACUGGCCGCCGUAUAUUAUGAGGAUGCCGAUACCAACGCCAUUCCCACCACCGAGACCGAUGUCACUGCCGAACAGCUCUCCACCUGCAAGAAUGAUCCUUUGACAGAGGGCACCCCUCUGUGCAAAAUUGCUGUUGCGGAUCCCUCCACAAUUGAAAAGAUCGAUUUUGAGUUUAGAUCCAAUGGCACAAAUUUCAUUUGGUUUGUCGAAUCUUCAAUGACAAACAGCUCGUACCGCGGGGAUUACAAUGACCCCAUUUUACUGCAAGCGAAGAAUGGUGACUUGCAGUACAAGCCAGAAUGGAAUGUGAUGGACUUUGGGUCCAACGAGACUGUGCGUCUCCAUUUGGUCAACCACGGAUUGGUCGGUGGUCAUCCCAUGCACCUACACGGCCAUGACUUCCACGUGCUUGCCGAAGGAUUUGGUGAAUGGGACGGCACUAUCAUAAAUCCAGAGAACAGUGUUCGACGAGACGUGCAUCAACUUCAGAAUGCUCGCAAUACGACCGAAGGUGUAAUCCCUUCCUUUAUCAUCAUUCAGUUCACGCAGGACAAUCCCGGUGUGUGGCCAUUGCAUUGCCAUCUUGCUUGGCACGUCUCUGGGGGCCUUUUCUUGAAUAUCUUGGAACGCCCAGAGGACAUACAGAAGCAAGACUUCGAUCAAGAUGUUUUCGAAUUGUGUGACCUGUGGGACACUUACACAGCCGAAAACCCACCCAACCAAAUUGAUUCAGGACUGUAA